CUGAUAAAAUCGGUGAAAAUGGUGUUCGUUAUAAUAUUAUUGGCUUGUUGUGUCGUUGUGGUACUAUUGAUAAUGAAAACCAAAAAUAGACAUUAUUGGAAGAAGCGUGGAAUUGUGCAAGUAAACUCAAACGCUUGGCACUUUAUGUUAGGUAAAUGUUCACUAUCAGAAAUAUAUAAACAUAUAUAUGACAGCCACCCCACCCAAGAUUGCGUUGGGACUUUCGUUGGAUACAAACCAGUGCUGAUUUUGAAAAAUCUGGAAGAUAUACAAGUGGUUCUACAAAGUGACUUUCAAAGUUUUUACGGUCGUGGAUAUAAAACGAAUCCUAAAGACACUUUGGCCAAUAAUCUGCUUUUGAUAGAUGACUACGCCAGAUGGAGACUAUUGAGACAAAAAAUAUCACCAGUUUUUACUGCAACGAAACUUAAAAAUAUGUUCAGCAUAUUGGAACGAUGUGCAUCGGAUUUUGCAGAGUUUAUAAAAUUGAAUCCCCAUGCGAAAGAAAACGUCUUUGAAGCACUCCAUACUUACACUUCAGCUUCUAUUAGUGCAUCUGUAUUUGGGAUCAAUGCUGAAUCUUCAAAUACUAUGACAAAUCCAAUAUUAGACUUUGGUUGGAGUUCUACGGAAUCCGUAAACGUUUUUAACAUCAAGUUUGCUAUGACAAAUAUCUUCCCGAAAUUGUUCAAUUUUCUCAAUUUAAAGACUUUUGGUGAGCACAACGAUUUUGUUGUUGGUAUACUAAAAAAAGUGUUAAAUAACCGUCGUUGUAGUAAAGAAAAGAGGUAUGAUUUCAUAGACACUUGUCUGGAUUUACUAAACCAAGAAAUCAUGCAUGAUCCUUUAACUGGUUUUGAGUUAAAAGUUACUGAUGAAGUUCUAGCUGCACAAGCAUUUUCAUUCUUCAUGGCUGGAGUGGAUACAUCAGCCAAUGUGAUCAACUUUGCACUACUCGAACUAUCCAAUAAUCCAGUGAUCUUGAAUCGGCUUCAUAAUGAAAUAGACACAAUUUUUGAGAAUUGUUCCGAAAAAAUAACCUAUAAGGAUAUACAAAAAAUGGAGUACUUAGAAAUGGUAAUAAAUGAGUCGAUGAGAAAGUAUCCACCAAUAGGAUUAAUGCAACGAAUGUGCAUGAAAGAUACCGUUCUACCGUCGAGAAAUAUAAAAAUUGAAAAAAAUACUUUUGUAGUAAUCCCAAUUUACGGAAUACAAAGAGACGAAAAAUAUUUUCCUAAGCCCGAAGAAUUUGAUCCAGAGAGAUUUAGUACUGAAAACGUUUCAAAAAUAGUAAAAUUGAGUUACAUACCAUUUGGUGAAGGAAAUCGUAUUUGUAUAGGGACCCGAUUCGCACAUCUGCAAAUUAAGACAGCUCUGGCUUGGUUAUUACGGAGAUACACAAUAAAAGGAUACAAUUAUACCUCGAAAUGCUUUGAACCAAAUUUCUUUGGGCUUCGAGAUUCAAAGGCGCGGUAUGACUUGAUUGCUAGGGCCUAAUUAGUAAUAAUUGAAAUUGUAAAUAAUAAAGAUAACUUAAUUAGUAAAUUGUUUUAAAGAA